AUGCAUACCUCCACAGGCGGAGUGCGUUCGCCAGCCGGAAGCCCGGGGGAUUCGAUAAACGAGAGCACGGCAAAGGCCUACAAAAUCCUGGGGACAGCUGAUGUCUCCGUCCAUGAGAAUCACCACAAGCGGGAGGACAAAAAACGUUCAAGACGACCAAGCUUCAUGAGAGCACCGGAGAUUAAGCCGCAAAAGAGCGGCGGUUUUGUGCCCUUUCCAACUGCCGUUCAAGAAAACACCCUCCCAUCACACCACCUUCGUGUUCGGGCAUCGUCGCCCCUGCUAGGCCACGAUUAUCGACCAGAAGAUGCUCUUGAACAGCCUAUUCCAGCACCAGUGAAGAAAGUCCAUCAGUCAGGUUCUGCCUCUGCUUUAUUUUCCUACUUUACCUCGCGGGAUUCUUCAGCCAACACAAAUUCUGGUAUUGGGGUUGCGACAUCCGACUUUGGUUCGACUGCAGAGAACAAACCAGAGUCACGGCAAAGCGCCGAGUCCGGCUUCAGCCUUCGACAACCGAAAGGGUCCAUGAAAGAAUCGAAGCGAAAAAUGCGCCCACCUAGGAUCGACCUCUCCCUACUGUUUCCUAAGCCUCGGGCAACCGCCGAACCACUUUUGUCGCCGCAGCGCAUGGUGGAAUCUCCCUCCCCUGUCUCCAUAAUCUCCGAGCAUCCCGCCACCAAAGCAAUCAACCCCGAGAGCCAUGCAGCUGGGAAUAGACUCACCAUAACGCCGCCUCAGCCGAAAGACUCGACUCGUCAACCCUAUGGUGACCAGGCCCACGGAGCACCUGCAUCCUACGAGACGAAGAAUUCGAAUUGGCUUGAUCCGUCAUUAGAGAGGACAGUGCGGGCCAGUGAGAUGGAUCUAGCCCUGCAAAAGCUGCAGCAGGACUCCCAAAGCCAUGGGAAGGGCCGUUCUAGCCGCUCACAUUCCCGGUCCCAAGGUCAAGAGAAACGAAGAACCGGCGACUCUCAUAUUUCGGAUAACUCGUGGAAAGCUUCCUCAAAAGGUUCCGCCGGUGAAUGGAGUAAGGAGACAUCCCUGUCCCCAGAGGCUCGUUUGCGCCAAAGCUCUCACCGUGUCUCCAACUCCCCGGAUUUUAGAAGAUCCAACCUGCAUGCGAGUGUUCCACUAGAGAAGAGUUCAAUGCCCAAAAAAAGCAGCAGAACUACUUUGAAGACUGCGGACCUCAACAAUUCUAGUGUACUGUGUCUUUCCUCUUCGGAGGAUGAAGACGAAGAAGAAGAACCCACAAGCGACCGACCGGGCCGAGGCCGAGAUACAAGAGACAGCGUAACAACUUACGGCGAAUUUGAACCCGAAAUAUGUACAGCUGCUGCGGCACAAGCUACCAAAGGCACUAUACGAAGCAUUGAUCCGUCCAUCAGCAGCCGUGGAUCGCGUCCUACUCAGAGGCAUCAGUCUGUCCGACGAGAUACUUCCCAAUCCUCGGCAGGGAGGUCGUCAUAUGUGACCAGCAGCCAGUCUCGUCGGUCAAGCGGGAUACCUACAAUCUCCGAGCCGGAAUACUUCCACGGGGACCUAGGUUUCAACCAGAGACGGGGCCAGCUCAGGAAGAGCCCCUCCAUCUCCCAGAAGGAGAUUAACAGAAGAAGCCGAGUCAUCGCGGUGACAAGACAAGAGGAAAAUCUCCUUGAAGCAAUGAGACAGCGGAAAGGAAAAAUCACACCCAGUCUUUUCCAGGAGUCCCGGUUCGGUAACCUGGAGCCUGACCAAGGAUCCAUGCUGUCGGUACCGUCAAGGGACUCAUUUUACGGCUCGGACAUGUCCUUCUUGCGUCUCAGCCCUGCAUUACCUUCAAAAUCCGUCCAGGUUAGUGCAACUCGCAGUGAUAGAGAAGGCUCCGUCUGCCAAAGCACCUUUUCAGACGAGGAGCAAAAAACCAUCAACUCAUUUCCUUCUCCCCGGACUAGCCUAGCGUUUUCCGAGGGUCUUUCAUCUCCGUCGACCAGCGCAGCCUCUCCAUUGACCCCAACACUUCCUAUACACCGCUUCUCGCCCAUACCAUCACAAAAACCGCCUCCUCGUCGACCUAUUCCCGCAGUACCUCAGGAUAAGAGGCGGCAUUCCCGGCGGCGUACAGAUAGCAGCGAGGCAAUUGUCCUAGAAGAAUCGGAUGAGACGAAGCAAAGUGACGAUCUUCCCAUGUGGACUUUGAGGUGGAAUAACGACAAUGGAACUAUGACGGCUGUACACUGA